GUUUUCAGUUUGGUUUCAUUUGACGGUGUACAGGAAGUCUCUAACUUACUGUAUGUCUUAUCUCAACAGGUGUGUCUGGAGCCAUCCUAAAGGAAGCUGGGAAAUCAGUAGUGGAUGAAUGCAGAAGAAUGGUACAAUCACUUGGGGUCCUGAAGGACAAUGAUGUUGUGUUCUCAUGUGGUGGGAAACUGAACUGUAAGAACAUAGCUCAGACAGUUGGGCCCAAGAAUGCUGCAAAUAUCACUACCACCAUAGAGAAUGUCCUUAAUCUGUGUGAGCACAGGAAGGCAGUCACAAUGUCCAUUCCUACUAUUGGCACAGGGAAAGGUGGCAUUGAGCCCAAAGAUUCCAUCAAGGCCAUACUAAAAGGACUGGAGAGUCACAUAUCACAGAUGCCUUCAUCCAGCAUCAAAAUCAUCUUCAUAGUGGCCUUUGAGCAAAAGAUCUUUGACCUCUUGAGAGAUUACUUUAACGAAAGGAACCUGGGCCCACACAAAAUCGAGCAGGCAAAGGCUGCAUCACCAUCUACACCUUCUCAGUCCAGUCUUCCCCCAAAUCAAGUUAAAAUCCAUGGUGUCAGAAUUGAAGUGAGGAGAGGCGACAUCACUCAAGAAACUGUCAGAGGGAUCGUGAAUACCACCAACUCAAGAAUCAGCUUAACAAAAGGAGUUAGUGCUGCGAUUCUCAAAGCAGCUGGGAGCGCAGUUGAACAGGAGUGCAAAACCAUCUGCCCUCUGAGGGCUGAUGCAGCAGGGGUGACCAGUGGAGGGGCCCUGCAGUGUGACUUCAUCCUCCACAUGCUGGGGCCCCACUCUGUGGCUGACACUACACUACGAGUCACCAAGGUGCUGAAGUGCUGUGAGGACAAACAGAUCACAACCGUGUCCUUCCCUGCUGUGGGCACUGGAGGUGGCGGCCUUAAUGGUGCCGACUCCAUUGGUGCCAUCCUCCAGGGCAUCCAGGAUCAUCUAUCACAGUGCCUCGUUCCUACCAUCAUCAAACUGAUCUAUAUUGUCAUCUACGAGGACAAGGUCCUGCAGGAGUGUCAGCUGGGGCUCAACCAGUGGAAGACUAGACAGAUGGAUAAAGAUGAUCUUUGUAGUGAUGAUGAUGAUGAAGACAGUGACUCUGAGGAUGGUAUUUAUGAUGAUGACACCAGCUCCGGGGAAGGAGAGGGCAGCAGUGGCCAGACAGGAAACACCAUUGAAGCAGUAAUUGGGCCAGUGAAGGUCAAGGUGAUAUGUGGGGACAUCACUAAGGAGAAAACCGACGCCAUCGUCAGCAGUACAAACUCAAGCCUCGAUCUGAACUCAGGUGUUUCAGGAGCCAUUCUAAAAGCUGCUGGACAGUCGGUUGUGGACGAGUGCAAAGCUUUAGGGACCCAACCCAAUGAUGGUGUUGUCAUGACCAAACCUGGAAACAUCCAGGCCAAGCACAUCAUUCACAUGGUGGGGCAGACCAAAGAGAAGGAGAUCACCAGCUCCAUGCUCAAGGUGUUGAAGAUGUGUGAAGACAAAAAAAUCCAGUCGGUCUCCAUCCCAGCACUUGGAACAGGUGCUGGUAACUUGGGAGCAGUGGAGGUUGGGAAUGCAAUGUUGCACGCAAUAACUGAGCUACAGAAAACCAUCGGAAACCCAUCAGUUAAAACGAUUCACAUUGUUAUAUUCCAAACCAAGAUGAUGAAGGACUUUGAUGAGGUUAUGAAAAAGUUCAAAAAGGUGACACCCAAGACUGCUGCCAAAAAGUUAUCAAAAACGGUCCAACAAACCACACCAGCCCAGCCUGCUCCUACCAAACCAGCCUUGUGUUUGGCCAGCGCCACAGCAGCGGUGGUCUUCCCCAGUAUGGAGGCUGAGGUGUACGGGUCCUCCCCUGCCAGCCUGGCUCAGGUGAAGAAACUUCUGGACGAGCUGGUCUCUGAGGAGUGCAUUAGCCAGGACCUGCCCUCCAGCCACUUGCCCCUGCUGCUGGAGCCGCAGAAACAGGCCAUCGUGGCCCUGAGCUAGAAUAACCAGGUCCGUGUCCUGGUAGCAUCCCCAAACAAAGUCACUGUCUCUGGGAAGAAAGACAACGUUUUUUCCGCUGUCUUCCAGAUUAGGGACUAUCUGCUGGGGGCAAGGGACAGGGAUAACCGGGAGGGAGAGGAGAAGAGGAUGAGGGAGACGGUGCGCUGGGAGGCCGGGGAGGGAGAGGUCUGGGGAGAGCUGGAUCAGAGUCUCAGCUAUGACCUGGAGCUGGCCUGCCACAGGAAAGACAAGAGUUUUAAAUAUAACCACCAGGGGGAGACAUUCACUGUUGAUCUGAGCCGAAUGCAGCAGACUGACAGCAAAGGGACCAUCACCAGGGUCAAAAGGAGCCUUGUGGCAGAUUCUGACACAGCUGUCAUUCAGUUCCCACGUAGCUGGACCAGAAUGGACGGCAAGGUUCUGGAGAUAGUCACACUGGCUCCUAACUCAGGGGAGUACCAGAGCAUAGAGAAGGAAUUUGUUGCAACCUCCAAGAAACCAAAUACUAAAACACAAUCAACCGUUCAGAUUGUCCAAAUCCAGAGGAUUCAGAGCAAGGACCAGUGGCAGCGGUAUGCAGUGAAGAAACAGGCAUUGGAUAAGAAGUAUCCUAAAAACAAGAAUGAGCUGAACCUUUACCAUGGCACCACCAAAGACAUCUGUCAGAAAAUCAAUGCCUGUGGUUUCAAUAGGAGCUUCUGUGGGAGAAACGCUACUGUUUACGGGGAUGGGACCUACUUUGCCAAAGAGACGUGGUACUCGUGCCAGGAUGCCUACUCCAACCCAGACGCCAGUGGGCUAAAGUACAUGUACCGUGCCAGGGUGCUAGUGGGUAAUCCCUGCCUAGGGGUGGGGGGCAUGAAGGAGCCGAACCCUCUGAACCCUACUGAUCUCCAUCAGGGCCUGCAUGACUGUGCUGUCAAUGACCUGCAGAAUCCCUUUAUCUAUGUGGUGUUCUGUGACGCAGGGGCCUACCCCGACUACAUCAUCAGCUUCAAGACUGUCUGAGAGAGACAGUGAGGCGCCUGUUGGCCUUUUUAAAAAAAAAUUAUACAGAACUGAAACGCCAAUACUGCAAAAUGUAACAUUUGCACUCUAUAAACUGUAGAAACUACACUAUAUAUACAAAAGUAUGUGGACACCCCUUGAAAUUAGUAGAUUUGCGCUUUCAGCCACACCCAUUGCUGACAGGUGUAUAAAAUCGAGAACACCGCCAUGCAAGCUCCAUAGACAA